ACCAAGUUGCUUGCUGACCUGCUGUCCAUCUUACACCUCUCUACAACAUGUGGACGCCAAAGAAGCGACAGCGCGUGACCCGCGCUUGCGAUCUGUGUAAGAGGAAGAAGAAGCAGUGCAGUGGCACUCAGCCAUGCGCCACAUGCCACAGCAAAUCUGCGUCAUGUAUCUUCUCCGCUCAGCGCCGGCCUCAACAUCAGCAACACCAGAACCAACACAAACACUCCCAUUCUCGCUCUUCCUUCCCACCUCACGAGCACAGCGACAAUAGUGCGUCUGAUAGCCCAGAUGGCCCCCGCCGCCACAAGGCGCCCAGUAACAAUCGGACGGCGAGCGGUGGCCUCGACAGCACUCGACCACAAGCCCCGCCUUCCCCCAAGGAGUCUGCGAGUGAGGAUGCGACGCCUAUACAGAACCGCGGUCGGUUAUUACGGGAUGGCGAAGGGCGACUCGUGUAUCUGGGUGACUCGGCGACACUGUCCUUCCUCCAAAGCAUCCGAAGACUUGUCGAAAAAAGACUGGGGCCUUCGCCAUUCACCACCGACACGAAUCGUCACAAGAUUCUAGAGGCCACGGUCGCGAGCCGUGACGCUGUACAACACAACUACGCCUUGCCCGACCUAGAGACGGCUAGAUGCUUGGUGGAUUCAUUCUUCACAAGUACCGCAGGGCUAUGUGAUAUCUUCGACAGGCAGUCUUUUGAAAGCAAGGUCUCGGAGACCUUUGAACAUCCCCUAGAUGCUGACCCGCAAUGGCUAUGCCAGGUCAACCUUGUCUUUGCCGUAGGCUUUCAGAUGCGCAACGAUCGGUCAAUUGGGAAUGACAAUGCGAGCAAGAUAUUAGACAGACUUGAGCGCCCCGGAGUGAAGAGAGCAGAAAGAUUCUAUCUUGCUGCAAGACAACUCAGUGACCCAGCCGUCGAUUUUGAAGCCGGCGGAAUUGGGGUUUUGCAGUCACUCAUGCUGAUCAUGUUGUAUAUGCUUGCUUCAUCCAAAAGAAGCUCGGCCUGGGGAUACUUGGGAAUGGCCGUCAAUCUCUCAUAUGCGCUUGGUAUCCAUAAGGAGGAGACACUGCCAAUCUUUGACUCACUGCAGCAAGCUAGAAGACGAAACCUUUGGCAGUCUCUAUAUGUCAUGGAUUGCUUUCUGGCGACCAGUCUUGGUCGUCCUAAUCACGUCAGCUGUGAGACAGCCUCAGAGUUGUGCUCGACGCCAAGUCAAUCCUCUAGCAGGCCCACGUCUUCUGCGGGGAAUGAUUUAUCCUUCGCAGUAAACGCCUCGAAGAUUGUCGGCAAGAUCUUAAGCCGAGUCUAUCACAAAAGAAAGGCGUCUCGUUCUAUUGCGUAUCAACUCUCCCUUUGCUUUAGCGACUGGUCGCAAAAGCUCCCUCCGGAUUUACACUGGCGGGUUUCAUCUUUCCAAAGCCAAGACCCUACUUUGACCCUUAAACGUCUACACAUCAACUUGAUCUGCUUUCAUGGCAUAAUCAUUCUUACGCGCCCUUUCUUCCUUCACCAAAUCAGUAGACAGGUUGCCGAGUUGGAGGGAGACUCGAUAGCUCAGAAGGACAACCACAUGGCUAACAACUCACGGAUAGAAAAGGAACACCCGGAACAGACAUUCCGCUUCGAUAGCGCUUGUGUGCGCGCGGCAUUGCACUCUGUUACAGCCGUGAACAACGCAUUUACCACAGACGCACUACCCAGACGGAAUCCUUUUGUCAUGUAUGUGAAUACCUUUUGCAACUCAUCUAAGUAUAAGAAGUGACAAUUUGCAGAUACUGGUUAUUCUCAGCCGCCCUUAUCAUUCUUGCCAACCUAUUCUCUCCGGUAUACCGUGAAGCGGAC